CGGAAGUAGCGCGUUUGUUUACAGCGUCACAGUCUGAUCGCAGCGGUAUUUUUACGAAGAAAGUGUUGACGUCGGGUUGAUUUAAGCAGCAGAAGUUUCAGGUCUAUAGACGAAUUCAUUAGGAACAGUGGAACCGGUCAGAUCGUGGUGUUAGCUUGUUGUUGUUAUUGUUAUUGUUGUUUGUGUGCGUGCAGUGUAAACAUGGCGCUGACGGAGUUUGUCCUGGUCCACCUGCUGCUCAUGUCUCAUCUCGUCUCCGGCUGGAAUGACGGAGCCGUGUUGCUCAGGGAUGUCCAGGUCCUGACUCUGUACAGGGGACGCUACACGACGGCUCGCCGCUCCAGUCCUGUUCCUCAGCUGCAGUGUGUGGGAGGAUCAGCGGGCUGCAGCAGCUUCGUCCUGGAAGUGGUCCAGUGUCAGAAUAAAGGCUGGGACGGCGUGGAUGUCCAGUGGGAGUGCAAGGCCGAUAUGGAUAGCUGGUACCGUUUUGGAAAGGUGGAGGUCUCCUGUGAAGGCUACAACAGCCCUGAUGACCCAUAUAUCCUGAAGGGCUCGUGUGGCCUGGAGUACACCCUGGAGCUCACAGCCGAGGGUCGGCAGAAGAAGGGCUCGUCCAGAUUCUCUGACUUCUCCGGGUUCUUCCAGGGGAAGCAGCAGUACGGAAACGGCCAGAAUUUCCCCACCGGCCUGUCGAGUGACGCUGCAGGCAGCCUGUUGGUCCUGGUGAUCUUCCUGCUGUUUGCCUUCGCUGUUUACAAAAUGUUUCUCUGCAACUCCGGGCGUGGUUCCUAUGGAGACGGGUACCAAGGAACCCAAGGUCCUGGUGCAGCAGGAUACAGUAACAUGGGUCCACCUCCUCCUGGGUUUAGGUCUGAGUACACAGAUCCUCCUCCCCCAUACGGAUUUUCUGAUUCGGACGGCGGCCCUCACGCUGCCAGCUGUGGAGCAAGUGGACUAGGGGGCGGACUCGGAGGUCUAGGGGGCGGACUCGGAGGUCUAGGGGGCGGGCUUGGAGGUCUAGGGGGCGGGCUCGGAGGUCUAGGGGGCGGGCUCGGAGGACAAGGCAACAGAAACAGAGGUGGAGGAGGAUUCUGGUCUGGAAUGGGAACAGGAGGAGUGCUGGGAUACCUGUUCGGCUCUCAGAGGCGUGGUCCUUCUGUGAGCCCUUACGGAACGCCGCAUUACAACACCAACAAUCACACCAGCACCGGCUCCAACACCAGCACCAGCUCAGGGACUCGCACCGCUUCAGGGUUCGGUGGAACGAAGAGAAGAUGAACCUCGCUGGACGGACACCAACUGAUGACCUCAUAGAAGACGUUCACAGAGCUCAGCGUGAAUCACCGUUAACUAGCAAAAAGUUACUUUAGUCAGUUUUUGGGUUAAGUUUAAGUUAAACUGUUCUAUGCAGCAGGUUCGCUUUGAGAUGUGUGUGUGUGUGUAUAAAUAUGUGUUUUAUAAGGUGUUUGACCUUAUUGUGUGUGUGUUUUGCUGAAUACGUUGUUCAAACAGGGUUAUUGUAUGAUGCGUUCUGUUGACGUCAUUUAUUGUGAUCGUUGGGAUUAAAGCUUAAUCCACAACUUCUAUCCAGUUCUGUCUGUAACUAAAUACCUGCUUUUGUUUUUCCUUCACACAGUUACUACAUAAAUAAAGAAUAUUUUUGUAGUAAUUAAU